UCCAAAAAUUGGUUUUGGUAGUUCAAAAUAAAAUAUUAUUUUUGCCUGUUUCCAGCAAAAAUGCAACUAAACAUUUUAUGUAGACCGUAAGAAGAAACUAUUUCACUUGUGUGGCGCUUAUCUAUAUUCCUAAAACAUAUGCUAUAUUCAAAAACAUAACUAUGUAACAAAUAUGUACAUAUGUAUAAAUUUUUUAAAAUUUUUAAAUACUGCAUUCGAUUCGCCAUAAGUCCCAAAACAGCAACACCACUAUCUUGUGGCUAAAAGUCUACAAAACAAAAACACCCAUCGACAUUUGGAGAAUGGGAAUCCCAGCUGUUUAUGAAAGUCUCCACAAAAUGCUCCAACUGAUUACACACAGCCGCACACACAGGCCUGUGUACAAACGUAGACACUUUUCUGCGCAGCUACAAACAACAUUUGACAGUAGUAAUUUAACUUUUGUGUAUUGUUGAUAUGUUUUUGUUGUAUUUGACGUAAAUAAAAAAUUAAAGUGCCACGGAUAUCGAUAAAAAUAAUAAAUUGGAUUUCAUUUGAGAAAUCAUGGCCGUAUUCGUGGAGUACACCGAGCCGGUUUGGCGCGGCAUGAAUAUGCGAGAUUUGAAGGUGGACGAAGCGUACAUAGUGGUAAAAUCUCAAUACGAUGAGCCAGCCUACCUUUACAGUCGCUCCGAAGAAUGCUACACAUGCCCCUACAGCUAUGUGAAGCCAAUGCACAAUUUUAUGUUCAAAUUAAAUGUGGCGCGUGGUUGGGAAUUUAAAGUGUACGAUCGAGAUGCGAGUGACCAUGGAAUGCUGUGUAAUGAUACGAUCUGUAACAGUGUAUGCGAAUUGUAUGCGCCCACAACUUUGUUGCAAGAGUUUGGAGUUUAUAAUUUUACGCUGAGGCAAAAUGGCAGCUGUGAGCUGGUAACGGAUAAAACGGGCGUGGAUGUGAAUUUAUCACUCGCCUCGGUAUGCCUACUAGUCACUUUGGUAUUGGCCGCAAUACGAAUGUCCUGGUGUGCCUGGCGUUCAUAUAGUUUCAUGUCGGAGGCCGCCGUCAAUGCAACAGCAACGAACGAGACGGUCACGCCUGUGCAGCCAAGCAAACGCAUGCGCAGUUUGGAUGCUUUCAGAGGCAUGGCUAUCGUUUUGAUGAUAUUUGUAAAUAGUGGCGGUGGUGGUUAUUGGUGGAUUGAACACGCGCCUUGGAAUGGUCUGCACUUGGCCGACGUUGUCUUUCCCUCCUUCCUAUGGAUUAUGGGUGUGUGCAUACCGAUUUCGGUGAAGUCACAAAUGGCGCGGGGUACACCGAAAGCGCGGAUAUGUCGACGCAUUGUAUGGCGCUCGUUUAAGUUAUUCGCGAUUGGCGUAUGCCUCAAUUCCAUAAAUGGUCCACAAAUGUCCAAUUUGCGAAUAAUGGGGGUACUACAACGUUUUGCUGUGGCUUAUCUAGUGUGUGGCUUGGUACACACGCUCUUUGUACAAAGGGACUACUUGAUGCCACAGAUCGCUUGGAAGCGUGCAUUGUGCGAUAUAAUUUUAUUGAGAGCGGAGUUCCUGGUAAUGCUCACACUCAUCGCCAUUUAUUUGGCACUAAUAUUUGGACUACCAGUGCCCGAUUGUCCAAGCGGUUACUUGGGUCCCGGCGGCAAGCAUCAUAAUGCACAGUAUCCCAAUUGUACGGGAGGAGCAAACGGUUAUAUUGAUCGUGUCAUUUUAGGAAAUGCACAUAUCUAUCAACAUCCAACAGCGAAAUAUGUAUACGGUGCGCAGGCCUUCGAUCCUGAAGGAGUGUUUGGCUGUUUGCUGACUGUGGUGCAGGCAUUUCUUGGCGUACUCGCUGGCGUUAUAAUACUCGUUCAUACCGCUUGGAUUGCGCGCAUUCAACGUUGGCUCUACUGGUCUCUUGGCCUGGCCUUGCUGGGUGGUAUGCUCUGCUUCUUUAGCAUUGAAGACGGACCCAUACCAAUUAAUAAAAAUCUUUGGUCACUUUCUUUUGUAUUGGUCACCUCCGCAUUGGCCUUUUUCAUGCUGACCAUUCUCUAUUAUGUUAUCGACGUACGUCGUUGGUGGGCUGGUUUUCCAUUUGUGGAGUCUGGCAUGAAUGCCAUUGUUAUGUAUGUCGGUCAUACUGUUAUGCAUAAGAUGCUGCCGUGGCAUUGGCGCAUCGGCCCGAUGAAUACUCAUUUUAUUCUUCUACUUGAAUCUACAUGGAAUACCUUACUUUGGGUGGCGAUUGCUUUGUAUUUGGAUUCGGUGAAAUUUUAUUAUAGUUUAUAAGAAUUUAAGGAAAUGAACAAUUUACGAAUUUAUGGUAUGUACGAAAAAGUUAUAAAAUUAUAUUAGCGUACAAAUAUAUAUGU